GUGAGCAGAGAUAGUUACUGGCUGACAAAACCCUGGCUGUGGAAAGGGCUGCAGCAGCAGCAGCAGGGGGAGGCAGAGUCCAGCGCCGCCGGCCUCGCCUGAGAGGAAGGCAGACGGGAGAGUCAGAGGCGCUUCUCCAGAUGAAGGCGAAGGAUGCUGGCGUUGGUGCUACUGCUUGGCCCCUUGUGCCGGGCACAUGCAGAAACAUACACGUCCAUGCUGAGCAUCCAGCAGGCUCUGAGGACCGAGAGGGAGCUCCUUCGGGGCUUACAGACCUACCUGGAAGAAGAGACGAACCGGCUCAAUGACCUCAGAAGAUUCUAUAAGAAGAUCCAGGCCUUGCAUCAAGGAGUCGACAGCACAGUGGCUAACCCUUUGCUGGCCUACACCCUCAUCAAGAGAUUGCAGUCCGACUGGCUGAACGUGGUAUAUAGCAGGGAGGCCAGUGAGAACACCCAAGCAUUCAAGAAUGGCUACCACAGACUGGAGGACGACCUGCCUAUUUUUGAAGACCUGGAAGGAGCAGCCCGGGCAGUGAUGCGUCUGCAAGAUGUCUACUCCCUGAGCGUUAAGGGAUUGGCCAAAGGAAGGUUCCAGAAAGUUAGCAGUGCUCACCUCCCUGACAUUUACAGCCCAGGGAUGGACGUCUCACUAUCAGCUGACGACUGCUUCCAUAUUGGCAAGGUUGCUUAUGACAUGGAGGAUUAUUACCACUCCAUUGCAUGGCUGGAGGAAGCCGUCCGUCUCUUUCGGAUCUCCUAUGGACAAUGGAACACAGAGGACGAAGGGAGCCUUGAAGAUGCUCUGGACCACCUGGCUUUUUCCUAUUUCAAGGCAGGAAACAUUUCUCAUGCCUUAAGCCUCUCCCAAGAAUUUCUUCACUAUGAUCCAAGCAACAGACGAAUGGCAAGGAACAUCCUCAAGUAUGAGAAACUCCUGAUGGAGAACCCUGAGGCUGGCGAGGAGGAGGUGGCCCUGCAGAGGCCGAAUGUGACUCACCUGGAGACCAGAGAUCUUUAUGAAACUUUGUGUCAGACCCUUGGAUCUCAGCCAGACCAAUACCAGCUGCCUCACCUCUGCUGCACCUACGAGACCCAGGGAGACCCUCUGCUGAUCCUCCAGCCACUGAAGAAGGAAACCAUCCAUCGGCAUCCCUACAUAGCACUCUACCACGACUUUGUCAGUGAUUAUGAAGCCGAGAGGAUCAAGUCGCUAGCCUCCCCUUGGCUGCAGAGGUCAGUGGUUGCCUCUGGAGAAAAGCAGCAGCAAGCAGACUACCGGAUAAGCAAGAGUGCUUGGUUGAAAGACACUGUCGACCCAGUGAUUGUGGCGUUAGAUCGGCGGAUCGCAGCCCUGACCGGCUUGAAUAUCCAGCCCCCUUAUGCAGAGUAUCUGCAGGUGGUAAACUAUGGACUUGGAGGUCACUACGAGCCCCAUUUUGAUCAUGCUACUUCAAGAAAAAGCCCCCUUUACAGGAUGAAAUCUGGAAACCGAAUUGCCACACUGAUGGUCUAUCUGAGUUCAGUAGAAGCUGGUGGAUCCACUGCCUUCAUCUAUGCAAACUUGAGCUUGCCUGCAGUCAAGAACGCAGCUGUCUUCUGGUGGAACCUUCACAAGAACGGGGAAGGGGAUGAAGACACCCUCCAUGCUGGCUGCCCAGUGCUUGCUGGAGACAAGUGGGUGGCCAACAAGUGGUUCCACGAACAUGGCCAGGAGUUCCGAAGGCCAUGUGGCUCCAGCCCAGAAGACUAGCAAACCUGAGAGCUCCUUGGAGUUCAGGAGGCACCAGAGAAACCACAGGAGGUGGCAGCUUGCAGUCUAGUGGAGAGGAAGUCUGAAACCUGCUGCCUUCCUCGCAGCUUGAUGCGGAAAGGCCACCAGGAAUGCUGAGCCACGGCCAGACCACCGGCACUUGGCAAGGUUCCCUCAGUCAUUUAUUUAGUCUGAGGACUGUCCGGUAUAGCAAAUGGAAUGCAACACUCUACAGAGGAGGAGAGAAAGAAGCAACUGGGUAUUCUGGAAGUUCUACAACCAUACUUGGCUCUUGGGGCAUUAAUUUUGUAUAUAUUGAUAUGUAGUUGGCAGUUACUAGAAUGCAAUGCCCCCGGGGCCCCGGGUCUAUGGGAUGUCAGAGAAUUGUCACCAGUGUUCUGAGUGUUAAUGGGGAACAGAGUGCUGAGAUCAGUCCAGCUACUGUGGGGGAAGUGUCAUGUUGAUUUGGGCAGGGAGGAAAGCAUUGGGGUCUGAGGAGAGGAGGGGCUGCAAGUGACAGGGGCUACAAAUUAGGGAUGUGCGUGGAACUAUGGCGGGGAGGCUCGAAGGCGGAGGGGGGUGCCGCUUUAAGAAUGGGGGUGGGUGCACU